CUCAUCACCACUGUCCCUGGAUUGUGGGAGUUUCUCUUAAAGACCAAAGAUCUGUCUGUGCUACGUACACUCCUUUAGCUUGUACUCCCAAUUUCCCCAGACUGUCCAAGUCUUUUAGGGGCACUUAAGGAGAGUUUGCUUCUUCCCAUUGCCUGCCAGGAUGCGUUACUCAGUGCCAACCACCGCUGCCCACCGCAGUCGCUAUAAUCAGCGGCGUCUACAUGCAGAGCGUUGUGUCCGAUUUCCCAACGAUGUCCUGUUUUUGGAUCACAUUCGACAGGGUGAUUUGCGGCAGGUAGGGCGCUUCAUUCGGACUCGAAAAGUCACCCUGGAUACCAUCUAUCCCUCAGGUCUGGCUGCCCUACAUGAAGCAGUACUUUCGGGGAACCUGGACUGUGUGAAGUUGCUCAUCAAGCAUGGGGCUGACAUCCACCAGCGAGAUGAAACAGGAUGGACAGCACUGCACAUGGCCUGCAGUGAUGGCUACCCAGACAUUGCCAGAUACCUCAUCUCCCUCGGGGCUGAUGUAGAUGUAGCCAAUGACGACGGUGACUUGCCCUCUGAUCUCAUCGACCCCGACUACAAGGACCUGGUGGAGCUAUUCAAAGGGGCCACGAUGGACUGACAUCCUCUCGAUACCCACAUCCCUACGCAGAGCCCUCACUGUCCCUUCACCUUCUCCUCUCCCACCCUGGAGACCCUGAACUUGAGGCGGGGGUUGGAGCUGGAGCUGUGAUGUAUGCUAGGGAGCGAAGUUAUGCUGUUUAAUCUCUUACAGGGUUGCCCCCUCCCUAACCCCUGCCCCCUGGCCCAAGGUUCGGCACACCGGGAGGAUUGGAUUAGACUGUUCGGCAGCAGGCAUCGCCCCCUCCCUCCCCACUUGGGUAGCUGAGGCCCACGGGAGGGGCGGUGCUCGCAGACCCCAGCUGUGCCCGGCCCUAGGGAGGUCCAUGGGUUCCUCCCGGCCCUCCCAGUUUCCUCCGGUCCUUGGCCCAGAGCUUGGAUUUUCUACAGGACGUUUUCGUGUUUUAUUUCGUUUUAUAAAUCGUUGAACACUUUUUACUUUUUCAAUAAAUGUGAU